AUGCCUGAAUACAGUAAGAAGCAAACGGCGCGCAAGUCUACAGGUGGUCGGGCGCCACAGCCGCUCUCUCACGUCGUAAAUUCCGGACCUCCAGCGGCUCGAACUAAGCAAACUGCUCGCAAGACGACUGGCGGUGGCGCACCUCGCCCGCUCUCUCACAUCGUUGGCUCUGGCUCGUCUAGCGGCAAUGCACGAACGGGAGCACCAACUGGAGGCAGAACCAAACAGACCGCUCGCAAGACAGGUGGCGGGAGUGCACCUCGUUCUCUAUCCGAUGUAAUAAGAUCUGGCGCAGGGGAAUCAGGAGGCACAGGUAGUGUGCCGCUCUUUGUUUCUGCGCCUGCAAGCGAGCCUAGGCAGACAGCACGCAAAAGUACCGGAGGAAGGGCGCCUGUCCCGCUUUCUAGUGUUGUGGGAUCAAGCGGAGUGCCUGCGACCAGGACCAAGCAGACUGCGCGCAAGUCUACAGGAGGACGCGCGCCUGUAUCGCUUUCCACCAUAACCAGGACUGACGACGUAUCAGACGCUACCUUGCGCUUGGGCGGUCUUCGUCUCGGGUAG